CCGGAAAUCACAGCUCCGUGUUUUACAAUCAGCUUGAAUUUCUCAACAACUGGACUGAGACUGGAGUCAAUAACAAGGACAACCAUGAUAUCUUAUAUUAAUGUGGUAUAAAGGAUAGCUGGACCAAGGCAAUAUCAAAAUGUAUGGCCACACUGCAGACAGGAACCUAGUCCGAUUGAGAUUGAUUGUUGAUGCGCCACUAUGGAGUGUCUUCAAGAAUCCAUGACCAGUUACCAUUUUGUUCUGGCAAUCAUUCAUUUCCUCCCGAAUGUUAAGAUUGGGAACAUUACCGUUUUCAUUUGAAACAUGAGGUUCAAAAACAAGAUUAAGCAUUUCAUUUAUUUGCAACUUAAUUUCAUAACCGAAUGCUGCUAAUCUUAGCGUUGGAGAGGUGAUCAAAUUCUCAAACUGAAAAUGGCUGAUGAUAGAAAGUCGCGUGCAGGAUAUUUUUCUUUAUGUCUCAACACUGCUCGUAAUCCGAGUCCAAAACAUCUCAACUACCGCAUAGCUGUUGCAAAUAAACUUUUAGAAGAUUUUGCAUCCCUGAAAAUGUCAAAAAAUGCAAUCAUGAAUCUCAAAGGAGUUUUUAAAUUUUACUGCAAAGAUCAGCUUAAAACUGCCAUCGAUUGCUUUAAAAAUGUACUUGAGGUCAACGGAAAUAACAAGAAUGCCAUUGCUCACAUGAUAACUGUAUAUCAACGGCUUCACAUGAACAGCAAAGCCAACAAAUACAAAGAAAGACAAGAAGACUUCGAUAAACAGCGGCAAAACCGCAGAGGCCUUGACCCUGAAUGUGAGUAUUGUGUUGGAGACAUUGGACAGGACAACUUCCUGUUUGAGUAUUAUGAUGCUGAAGCUCUGGCUGAACAGGGAAUUGCGUUCUUCAUGGAUUGUUAUACAGAAGAAGAUGAAUGGGUUCGAAAUGAUCGACCUCUGAAAUUGUUUGUUGACAGUCUCCGAAUAAUAAACAAUAUCAAAGGUCUAAAACUUCAAGAUCAGGCUCAGAGUUACGUGGAGCAAUUGGAGCUGGAAGUCAAAUAUUGGCUUAGCCAGUGUUAUCAGAAAGUGCACCAAGGAGGUGGCAGAAGGGAUGAUAACAUGCAACAGCCUUGUUGCAAAGACUCGUAUUGCGAGGGAAUCAGCUGUUUGAGGGACAUAACUACAUCUGAUAAGGCGUUGCCAGAUUUGAAAGCGUGGGCGUGGACUUUUCUUGGUGUAUUUUGUUUCAAAAAACCGCAAAAUCUUCAAGGUCAAAAACUCGUAGAUUUUGAAAAAUAUGUCACAAAUCUGUGUUUAAAAGAAGAGUUUCAUGAUCCAGAGAUUUGCUUCCGAAAAGCACUCGAGUUGGAGGUCCGUCGUUCAACAGAAACUAGAAUACGAUAUGCUACCUAUUUGCGUACGUUUAAAAAUCGGGACAAAAUUCAACAUGCUAUAGAGUGGUUACACGAGGCUUGGGAUAUCUAUAAAAAGAGCGGGAAUUGGUUUGCCAUGACGAUGUUGUCACAGGUCAAUAUGUCUAUGUACAGGGUUCUCACAAGAAAAGCAACCAAUCCAGCUGAGGAUACUGAACAGGAACAUGAAUCUGAGAAGAAAUCAAGUGCCGAGUAUCUGAACGACGCCAUCAAAUAUGGCGAGGAAGCUCUUCUCAUUAACACUACUGCUAUGGAUUUGGCUAACGUAGCAGAAGCGUAUUAUUUGAGAGGACGGAAAAAUGAUGGCACCAUGGACGGAGAUUCAGAAGAUGCAAUGCAAGCAGCCGAGUAUUUCUGGCAGGCAGUGCAAUGUCUGGGUACGGAGAAGAAACCAGAGGUACACAAAAAGCAUGGGGUGUUUCUCAGGGCUAUUGGAGAGGAUAGACAAGCCAUUGAAUGCUUCAAACGAGGCAUGGAAGUCAGUGUUCCAACCAAACCGGCUGAUAAUUUUGACAAAUUAUUUGAGACGUUUCUCGAAAUGUACAGCAAAGAGAGGGAAGUCAAUACACCUGGACACCAUGGCGACGACAGUAAUGGAAGUGACACUGGUCAAACAGACGAAAAGGUCGCAGCAGGUAAGAAUGACGUAUCUAAUCAAGUUUUUGAACGUGAUGCAGAGCACACUGCUGUAUCUGUACAGGAAACGAAGAUAUCUGCUGAACCCUCCAUAAGAACACCACAAUCCGCUACGGCAGACGACCAGACGAAGGACCCGUUACAGGAUAAUCCAAGGGAUAUUGAGAAGGGAAAUGAGACAGUUUCUAGUGCUCCAACUUCCGAGUCUGCGCAGGGCAUAAUGGAUCUUGAACUUGACCAAGGUCUCCCUUCGCAAGAGCAUGAAGUGAUGUCUUUGGAUAACAUGUCAAAAACCAACGAAGAAACAGAACAAUCAGAGGAGACCUGGACACACAAACAAAACGAGAUUAUGUAUGAGAUGGCGUAUUGGUAUCAAUAUGCUAUAAGGAACUUCAAACGUGCCUGUCUUACUAAAUGUACCAGCAAAUACAUCAAAUGCUUUCCAGAGGAAAUGUCCAUGAUGCAUGCAUAUUUUAAACUGGGCACUGACUCUGAGCGGAGGAAUUCCAAGUCCUUAGAGGUAAUCGAAGAAGCACUUCAAUCGCACACUGAACCGGAAAAAGCGGACACUGAACCAGAACCAAAGAGUGAGAUGAAAAAGGUCUAUGAGAAAAAGAUGGACUAUGCAAAAAAGCUGUUAUCUGAUAAAAUGAAGAAGAAAGAAAAUGAGUCUGAACUACCAGAGUCACAUUGCAAGAAUUGCUCUCAGCCUUACCCACAGGUUCUUUCUCGUCAACGGUCUGUGAUCCCUGAUGUUGUACCCCGACCCCGAAACACCUAUUACAAGUACGACUUCUACGUGAUAUUCAAUCGUUCCGAGAGAGACUGGGUUUAUUACUCCUUAUUACAGAAGCUGGAAAAAUCCUACCAGUUUAAGGGAGCAAUACCAGAACGAGAUUACCGACUUGGACACAACAAUUUCUAUGAGAUGGAGCGAUGUAUAAAGGAAAGUCUCAAAGUGUUGAUUAUUCUCUCCAGUCAUGAAUCCAAACAGGAAGAGAUCAAGAGCAUGUAUGAAAUAGACUUUGCACUUACACUUCAUCACGAUAUGGCCCGUAGUCACUACAUUGUCCCAGUCUUAAAAGACGAUGAUUGCUUGCCACCGCGGCAACUCAGUACGCUAACCUGUGUGAGCGCCGUCCAUUCGAACGCUUGGGAAAAGAUAGUUCUGGCACUGGAAACCAACCAUUGAAACAGUCAUUUUUGUGACGAUUUUCGUGAUUUACGAAAGAUUGUGAUGAGGAAAAAAAUUGUGAUGACGUACCGGUGAUAAGGGAAGGGUUUGUUGACUUGUUAUUUAUAUUACGGACUUGGGAGGAUUUGUCAGUAAAUUAUGAAACGUGUGAUGACGUCAGUUAUUUACCAAUUUUGGAACGAUGUGUCGAUAUUCUGCGAAACACUGUAGGUGUGAAAGUUAUAAAGGGCAUAUUAUGACGUGCAAUUACCUAUUGAGCAUUUUGAUAACGUGUCGGAGAUUUAUGAAACACUGUGAUGAGGUCAGUAAUUUACCGUUUUUACAUGUAGGUUGAGAUUUUAAAGACUGAGGAUGUGUUAGAGAUAAACAACACAUAAUGAUGACGUGUCAGUGGCAUAUGAAACUUCAACAUGAAUAACAGAACUGUUUGACUAAAUGUCAGUGAUAUUUGAAUUAUUGUGACAAGUCUGUGAUCUACAAAACGUUUUUUUAAUUUACAUUUGAUCAAGCGUCAAUAAUCCACGUAGUGUCAAUGGUA